AUGUCUGCCCCGAGCCGUCAUUGGGAGCAGGACAAGGAAGCCACCGUUUACGUCGGCAACCUCGAUGAGCGUGUGUCUGACAAGCUGGUCUGGGAGCUCAUGCUCCAGGCUGGCCGCAUCCAAAACGUCCACCUUCCGAAAGAUCGCGUUACCCAGACUCACCAGGGCUACGGCUUCGUCGAGUUCCAAAGUGAGGAAGAGGCCGACUAUGCCGCCAAGAUCAUGAACCAGAUCCGCCUCUACGGUAAGCCUAUCCGUGUCAACAAGGCCAGCGCCGACAAGCAGAAGACCGUCGAGGUCGGCGCCGAGCUCUUCGUCGGCAACUUGGACCCUAUGGUUGAUGAGAAGGUCUUGUUCGACUGCUUCUCGAGAUUCGGCAGUCUUGUCUCGGCUCCAAAGGUCGCGCGCGACGAGAACAACUUGUCCAAGGGUUACGGCUUCGUCUCCUUCGCUACAUUCGAGUCGUCCGACGAUGCCAUUGCGAACAUGAACGGCCAAUACCUCAUGAACAAGGAGAUCAGCGUCCAGUACGCCUACAAGAAGGAUGGCAAGGGUGAGCGCCACGGUGAUGCUGCUGAGCGUGCUCUCGCGGCCGAGGCCCGCAAGCACGGUGUCCAGCCGACCACGCAGCCCCUUCCCCCCCAGCUGUUCCAGCAGCCUUCCCUCCCGGCUCCCAGCGCUCCCGCCGCCAUGCUCAACGGUACCGGCCCUACGCCGCCUCCCGCUCCCGCUGGCUUCGCGCCGCCGCCCAACUACCAGAACGUACCCCCGCCGCACCAGCAGAGCCGCACAACUCCGGUCCAGUCCCAUCCGCUGCCGCCGCCGCCCGCCGGCCUUCCCGCUCGCCCCCCGCCGUCCCAGGCUGGCUACGGCGGCCCCGCUGGCUACGCUCCUCCCGGCUUCUCCGCCCCCCCUCCGCCCGGCCAGUUUCCGCCCACGGCUGCUCCGCCGCCGGGCUUCGCCCCUCCGCCGAACUUCGCUCCUGGAUUCCCGCCGCCUGGCCAGGGCCCUCCUCCUCCCGGAAUGCCUCCUGGCAUGCCGCCGCCGGGCUUCGCGCAGCAGCCGGGAUACCCCAGGCGUUGA